CAAAUCCUAAACAAGCUAUAUGACGUCUGAUCGCAUCGGCCGACACGGAACGUGGCUUACCGAGCGCUAGAUCGCGCAUAUAAAAACUUGAACGAUCCUCACUUCUUUAUUCUCCACACCUCUCUGCCCGUCCUUUCAAUUUCUUCGGUCAACGUUUGACGGCCAUCGCAUUUUAUUUCUGUGCAACAUCACAAUGGGCCCAAAGAAAGGGCCCAAGGCUACUGUGCCUGUACAGGUUGUUCCGGAGAAAAGGGGUUAUGAAUUCGGGGGACCAUUAGGCGCGUUAGGAAUCGUCUUUGGCCUACCAGUUCUUAUCUAUUGCUUCACUUUCUUCUGCAACGAUAUUUCCGGCUGCCCUGCGCCGUCUCUCCUUCACCCCUCGACGUUGACAUGGGAUAAACUGAAACAGGAAAUUGGCUGGCCUGAGAAUGGUAUAAUCGGUCUGUACGACACAGAAGUGACGUUGUGGGUUUUGGCAUACUAUACCCUUCUUCUCUUACUGCAGAUCUUCCUACCCGGUCAGGAAGUGGAAGGUGUUGAGUUGGCGUGCGGUGGACGACACAAAUACAAAUUCAACACGUUCCGCUCUUCCCUACUGAUUCUAGGAGGCCUUGCCGCUGGAACUUUCAUUUACGGAGCCGAAUUCCCUAUCUGGACUUUUCUCUGGGACAACUACGUGCAGGUGAUUACCGCUAAUCUUCUCAUUGUCGUGGUUCUAUCCAUCUUGGUAUACGUGCGAAGCUUCUCCAUCCCAGAACCUGGGCAGCCAAACCCCGACCUUCGUGAACUGGCUCCUGGUGGCCAUACCGGCAAUGUCCUCUAUGAUUUCUUCAUUGGCCGAGAACUCAAUUCUCGUGUGACUUUGCCUAUACCUUUUGUCAGCGAAGCUUCUCGCAUAAUUGAUAUUGGCGUCUUUUGUGAAAUCAGGCCGGGUCUCCUUGGGUAUAUCAUUCUCGAUCUGUCGAAUGUUGCACAUCAGUACCGGACUUAUGGUUACGUCACCGAUUCUAUUCUCUUUGUAGCAAUUGCGCAAGCUUUCUAUGUUUUGGAUGCUUUUUACAUGGAGCCCGCUAUUCUGACCACCAUGGACAUCAUCAUGGAUGGCUUCGGUUUCAUGCUCUGCUUCGGUGAUCUGGUAUGGGUACCAUUCCUGUACUCGAUUCAGACAAGAUACCUCGCAAUGUUCCCGGCGAAAAUGGGUCUUCAAGGAAUUGCGCUCUCGUUUGCUGUCACUGGACUUGGAUACUACAUCUUCCGCAGUGCCAACAACGAGAAGAACCGCUUCCGAACGGACCCCAACGACCCACGAGUCGCUCACCUCAAAUAUAUCACCACAGCAUCUGGAUCAAAAUUACUUAUUUCUGGCUGGUGGGGUACUGCGCGUCACAUCAACUAUCUCGGCGACUGGCUCAUGUCCUGGGCAUAUUGUCUCCCCACGGGGUUUGCGGGUUACACCAUCAUUGAAGCCAUCAAUUCAUCGACAAAAGAAUUAGAAAAACACGCCGUUCAGACGCCGGAAUCCCGGGGUUGGGGUUCAAUCUUUACAUACUUUUAUAUUUUGUACUUUGGGAUUCUGCUCUUGCAUCGUGAGGGGAGAGAUGAGGAGAAGUGUCACAGGAAGUACGGCAAGGAUUGGGAAAGGUAUACUUCUUUGGUCCGAAGUAAGAUAAUUCCCGGUAUUUACUAGGAAUUCACCGGUGGUUGUGUCCGGUGCUCAGAUGCUAAAAGUUUUAAUAUAUUGGAAUUAACCAUAUAGCUAUUAUAAGUCAUGAAUCAUAAAUGACACGGAGAUGAGGAUGUAUAUGCAUGGAUGUGUUGGCAUAUUU